UAUUCAAAGCAAAAAACUAGGGAAAUUCUUCCACUGUCAAACUGAUCAUCAUUAAAUUUUGCAUUAAUAGAAACCUUUUAAUGAACAAAUCGCUAGUUGGAUGCAUGCCUUAUUGCCUCCAUUUUCAGCAACUAAUUCUUGUCCAAGUGGCCAACACUCCCUACUGGAAAUGUCUCCAAGGGUUCUUGAUUGGUGCUUUCAAGAUUUCGCCUUUUUUCACGCUCAAUUCCUGGUUAGAUGACGGAGAGCUUCUCACUUCGUACUAGGGCGAAAUUUGAGUUUUGACCGCUCAAUUUUGCCAUGAAGCUGUUCUGGAGUAUUACUUUUGUGGUUUUCUGCAGUUGGUGUAUAUCAGAAGGGGUUGAUUCAAGUCUUUCCUCUAGGCCUGAGGUUGUGAAUAUUGGGUGUAUACUCUCUUUUAAUUCCUUGGUUGGGAAAGUGACAAAAGUUGCUGUAGAAGCUGCAGUAGAAGAUGUGAACUCCAUUCCUGAUGUUCUUGGAGGAACCAAGUUGAAUCUCACAAUGCUUGACAGUAAUUCUAGUGGGUUUCUUGGGAUACUUGAAGCUAUGCGCUUCAUGGAGACCGAGACUGUGGCGAUAAUAGGCCCACAAUCUUCAGGCAUUGCUCAUGUGAUCUCUAACAUUGCAAAUGAGCUCCAAGUCCCUCUUUUGUCAUUUGCAGCAACUGAUCCUGCCCUUUCUUCACUUCAGUAUCCGUUCUUUGUUAGGACCUCCCCGAAUGAUCUGUUUCAGAUGGCUGCCAUAGCAUCAAUGAUUGACUAUUACGAAUGGAGAGAAGUGAUAGCUAUUUAUGUCGAUGAUGAUUAUGGAAGGAAUGGUAUUGCUGCGUUAGCAGAUCAACUGGCCAUGAAGAGAUGCCGGAUCUCUUAUAAAGCCCCUUUGAAACCUGAAGCAACAAUUGAUGAUAUGAGAGACGUAUUGAUUCAGGUGGCUCUAACUGAAUCACGAAUCCUAGUUGUUCAUACCUAUCCUUCCGAGGGCCUAGCUAUAUUUUCUGUGGCAAAGUAUUUAGGGAUGAUACAGGGUGGAUAUGUGUGGAUUGCUACACAUUGGCUCUCAACUGUCCUUGACACUAAUACUCGGCUUUCUACAGAUGUAGUGGAACAUCAUAUUCAAGGAGCUCUAACAUUGCGUAUUUACACUCCCGAGUCCAGAUUGAAGAGGGAAUUUUUCUCUAGGUGGAGUAAUUUGACCAAACGGUUGGCAAAUAAUGGCACUUUUGGGUUGUCCACUCUGGGUCUCUAUGCUUAUGACACAGUGUGGCUACUCGCUCAUGCUCUUGAUGCAUUCUUUAAGCAGGGUGGGAAGAUUUCGUUUUCUAAAGAUCCAAGGUUAACUUCAGAAGAGGGUGGGGGUUUGCAUCUCGAUUCUAUGAGCAUCUUUGAUGGUGGGAAGCUAUUGCGUGACAUCAUUUUGAUGACAAAUGUAACAGGAGUAACAGGUCUUUUAAAAUUUACCCCCGAUAGGAACCUAUAUGGCCCUGCAUUUGAAGUCAUCAAUGUGAUUGGUACCGGAUUAAGGAAAGUUGGGUACUGGUCCAAUUACUCUGGAUUAUCAGUUGCCCCUCCCGAAUCUCUCUACUCUAAGCUACCAAAUCAUUCUUCUUCGGAACAACAACUGCAUGAUGUAAUCUGGCCUGGCCAAUUAACUGACAGACCUCGUGGGUGGGUUUUUCCAAACAAUGGGAGGCGACUGAAAAUUGGAGUUCCUAACCGAGCCAGCUUUCAUGAAUUCGUUGGACAGGAAUCAGGUGCUGAUAUGUUUCGAGGGUAUUGUAUUGAAGUCUUCACAACUGCACUAAACUUAUUGCCAUAUGCUGUCCCAUACAAAUUUUCCCCAUUUGGCGAUGGCCAUACCAAUCCAGAUAAUACAGAACUAGUGAGACUAAUCACAGCGGGGGUGUAUGAUGCUGCUAUAGGUGACAUUGUUAUCACAACCAACCGAACAAAGAUGGUUGAUUUCACUCAACCAUUUAUUGAAUCGGGGUUAGUUGUGGUGGCACCAGUUAAAGAGUGGAGCUCGAAUGCUUGGGCUUUUCUCAGGCCAUUUACUCCUGCAAUGUGGUGCAUCACUGGAAUUUUUUUCCUCGUGGUGGGGACAGUUGUCUGGAUUUUGGAACACCGAAGGAACGAUGAAUUUCGAGGACCUCCUAGAAAACAGUUCAUCACCAUUCUUUGGUUUAGCUUUUCAACUCUCUUUUUUUCCCAUAGAGAGAAUACUGUUAGCACCCUAGGCCGCAUUGUCCUCAUCAUGUGGCUCUUUGUGGUCUUAAUUGUCAAUUCUAGUUACACAGCUAGCUUCACCUCGAUGCUUACGGUGCAGCAGCUUUCUUCCUCCAUUAAAGGAGUCGAAAGUUUGUUUACAACAAAUGACCCCAUUGGUUAUCAGCACGGUUCAUUUGCAAGGAACUAUCUGAUUGAAGAACUUGGCAUUCGUGAAUCCAGACUUGUUCCUCUUAACCUGCCAGAAGAUUUUGCUGAAGCCUUAAUAAAUGGCCCCCGUAAAGGCGGUGUUGUGGCUGUGGUCGAUGAACGCGCGUAUAUGGAAGUUUUCCUCUCAACACACUGCGAUUUCAGCAUUUUGGGCGACGAGUUCACCAGAAACGGAUGGGGAUUUGCAUUCCCAAAAGAUUCCCCUUUGGCAGUUGAUAUGUCAACUGCAAUCCUAAAAUUGUCCGAAAAUGGAGAGCUUCAAAGAAUCCACGACAAAUGGCUGCUGAGAAGGGCUUGCACCUCGCAAACCACAAAGCUUGAAGUGAACCGGCUUCAGCUGAAGAGCUUCUCCGGUCUCUACAUGAUAUGUGGAUUAGCGUGCUUUUUAGCUCUAGCAGUAUACUUCAUAUUCGUUACGCGCCAGUUUAGGCAACACCGCACUGAGCCAGAGCCGUCUUCAUCUUCUACCCGAAGAUCAUCGCGAUCAAAACGACUGCAGAGGUUCCUUUCCUUCGUCGAUGAGAAGGAAGAGUUGGCCAAGAGUCGGUCCAGAAGGCGACAAAGGCAGGGGGGCUCGGUUAGAAGUGUUGUGGAUGAAGGUGUAUCAAUGUCUGGUUCCAGGUACACAGUCCAUUCUGAAAUAGCAUCCGACCAAAUCCCAUAGUCAUUUAUGUUGAGCAUAUAAUAUGCUAUCUUCAGUUUAGUUGUGUGCUACUUCAUGUGUAAUUUUGUUGGUACACUUUUAUAAUGAAGGCUUAGGUACAGUACAUGUAUGUAACUAUAAUGAGGAAACUUGUAGUCAUUAUUUAAAAAUAUUCACGGAUAAUUCCAUUAUCGUGUAUUAGUCUGCAAACCACAUGAGAAGUAAAAUACACUUGAAAUGCCCUAUGCAA